GGAGGCCAACGAUUGAUGUCAUGUACCUUGAGGACUGUUUACAGUCUUCUGUAGCUUGGCCUGCCAACAAAGUUGUCUUUGAAAACCAUGCAGAUGCAACAUGUCAGAAGUCUCCACUUCAUCAGGCUUCUGCAUCAACUCAUCAAACAACAAUAGAAAAGGCAGCAGCAUCAGGAGGAAAAGCACCAUCAUCAGGUCCACUAAAUGCAGCAGCUGGUUAUAAGUCUUCUGUUGAGAUAUCAAAAUCCGCAGCCACAACAAAAGGAACGAAAUCCGCAACCACAGUUUCAAAAUCUAUUGUUGAGAAGUCUCCAGCAACAUGUUCAAAGCCUCCUGUAAAGAAAAGUCAGUUAGCUUCACACUCCCCUCUACGAAGAUCUCCGCGUAAAACUGGAGCUGAAGUUAUCAAGGCUAAUCAGAAGUGCAAGUUAAUGGAUAUUAGUGGAAAGAGGCGGGUGGUUGGUGAAGGACGUGUGCAUUCAAUCGACCCAGACCAAAAGGUACACCAUGUUCGCUUGGGGGCAAAUGCAGCUAGAGUUUGGGUAGAUGUAGUGAAGAUAGAUGAUGCAGCAGUUUGGAGGCCAUCAGAUGAAAUCGAGUAUAUGAGAGAUUCACUUGGUUCAUCUAUUGCAUGGCCAAUGGAUAAGUUGGUCAUCUAUUGAGUAGAUGAAGAAACUGGGGGAAUGAAGAAACUUUGGUCCAGAUUAGGUAGUUUUAAUUAGUUUAAGACUAGACUAAUCAGCUUCUGUUAUGUACUUUGGAAUCAGACUUGUUAUGUCUUUUGGAUUUAGACUUUUGUUAUGUUGAAUGAUUCUGUAUAACUUUCUAACU